AUGCCGGAGAUUUCGAGCUCGAGACAUGUGUGCUUCAUGCUCUCCGCCGAUUCAACAACUACUUUCUAUCAAAUCGGCACGGAGAUCCCGACUAGGCACACGAUAAACCUUCUCUGUUGGUGCGACGACAAAUCGCAGAUUCUUCACCUCCGGCUUGAUGGAGAAGAAGAGGAAAGUGAAGAUGAAAAGCCUGCAUUAAAGAAGGCUAAGGCUGCUAAAGGAUAG